AUGAUCGAGGCAAGGUCAUCUUAUCAGGAGGGAAGUUUGUGGUUCUACGCGCCAAACAAAGGAGCUGCAAUCGCAUUUGCAAUUCUCUUUGCUAUCUCCGGAGCUGUUCAUGGAUACCAAUGCUACAAAUACAAGUCCUGGAAAGUCACCGGACUUCUUCCUUGGUCUGCCCUUCUCUUCACUGCUGGCUUCAUAAUGCGCACACUUGGCGCCUUUGGUCAGUGGGGGAACGUUGGAAUCUUUAUCGCGAGUACAGUGCUACUUCUGGCUGGACCUCCCGUAUAUGAAGGUGCAAACUUCUUCAUCUUGGGCCGCAUGCUAUACUAUAUCCCAUACCACUCACCCAUUCAUCCGGGUCGAGUGUUUACGACAUUUGUCGCCUUGGGAGUUGCGAUCGAGAGCAUUACCGCCAACGGAGCUGCCCGAGUUGCCAGUGCAGAUGCCUCAGAGAGCUCACAGAAUACUGGAAAAGCAUUGCUGAAAGCAGCACUUAUCAUGCAAAUUGCUUUGAUGGCUGGAUUUGUCGCUUUAGCCGGGAGAUUCCACUAUAAUUGCUCCAGAGGUGGAGUGUUGAACGACAAAAUCAAACGGACUCUGAUAGUGCUGUAUUGCAGCUGCACUCUCAUCACGAUUCGCACGAUCUACCGCACAGUCGAGUACUUUACCGCAGCGAGUUUGAAUGCUUAUUCGGAUAUCGAGCAUGUCAGUCCAGUUCUCAAGCAAGAGUGGUUCUUUUGGUUCUUUGAAGCCGUGUUCAUGUAUAGCAACACCACUCUUCUGAACGUGUUCCAUCCCAUGCAAUCACUUCCACGCUCUAACAAUAUAUAUCUUGCCGAGGAUGGGAUCACUGAGAUUGAAGGACCCGGAUAUGAGGAUUCUCGCCAUUGGCUUCAGACGGUUGUGGAUCCAUUCGAUAUCUAUGGGCUGAUCACAAAGCGAGGCAAGAAAGAGAAGUAUUGGAAACAGAAUCCAGCAUCACAGCCUGCAAAGUCUGUGGUUGCAAGCCCGAAUGUUUGA